AUUGAAAAAGAUUGAAAACGGGCCUAGAAAUGAAAUUGGCUUUUGGCCCAAGUAUGGUGAACCCGUAGAGGGGCAUAGAGACACAACACAUCUGGGUUUAACGGUGUUUGGUCGGAGCCAAUUUGAUUCCACCACCACGAGCUUUCAAAGCUAGCUUUAAUGGCGUUUCAUGGAAUCAGAGAAGUUGAAAACUAUUUUAUACCUUUCCUACAGCGAGUCAAAAGCCGAAAUGAAUGGAAGAAGAUCCAUGCCUGCAUCAUCGUACAUGGAUUAUCACAAAGCAGCUUCAUGGUCACUAAAAUGGUGGAUUUAUGUGAUAAGCUUGGAGAUAUGGAUUAUGCAACUCGUCUUUUUAACCAAGUAUCGAAUCCUAAUGUCUUCUUAUACAAUUCCAUUAUUCGUGCUUAUACACACAAUUCCUUGUACUGCGAUGUGAUCAGAAUCUACAAGCAACUGUUGAGGAAGACCAUUGAGUUUCCAGAUCGGUUCACGUUUCCGUUUAUGUUUAAAUCUUGUGCAAGUCUUGGAUCAUGUUAUUUAGGGAAGCAAGUUCAUGGUCAUCUCUACAAAUUCGGGCCUAGGUUCCAUGUUGUGACUGAGAAUGCGCUGAUUGAUAUGUAUAUGAAGUUUGAUGACCUUGUUGAUGCACAUAAAGUGUUUGAUGAAAUGUCUGAGAGAGAUGUUAUAUCGUGGAAUAGUUUGCUUUCUGGAUAUGCAAGGCUUGGGCAGAUGAAGAAAGCAAAAGGGUUGUUUCAUUUGAUGAUAGAUAAAACUAUUGUAUCUUGGACUGCGAUGAUCUCUGGGUAUACUGGGAUUGGUUGUUAUGUAGAGGCUAUGGAUUUCUUCCGUGAAAUGCAGUUAGCUGGUAUUGAGCCUGAUGAGAUCAGUCUCAUUUCUGUUCUACCCUCGUGUGCGCAUCUUGGAUCUUUAGAGCUUGGGAAAUGGAUCCAUAUGUAUGCAGAGAGAAGAGGGCUUUUGAAACAAACUGGUGUUUGCAAUGCUCUUAUUGAAAUGUACUCGAAAUGCGGUAUGCUUAGUCAAGCUAUCCAAUUGUUCGAGCAAACGAAAGGGAAAGAUGUUAUAUCAUGGAGUACGAUGAUCUCAGGGUAUGCAUAUCACGGGAACGCUCACCGAGCAUUUGAAACAUUCAUUGAAAUGCAGAGAGCGAAGGUGAAGCCUAACGGGAUCACAUUUCUUGGUCUUUUAUCAGCUUGUUCACAUGUUGGUCUGUGGCAACAAGGGUUGAAGUAUUUUGAUAUGAUGAGACAAGAUUAUCAGAUAGAACCCAAGAUCGAACACUAUGGUUGUUUGAUUGAUGUUUUAGCAAGAGCGGGAAAACUAGAACGAGCUGUUGAAAUAACAAAGACAAUGCCGGUGAAACCCGACUCAAAGAUAUGGGGUUCAUUGUUGAGCUCUUGCAGAACAAAGGGCAAUCUUGAUGUUGCACUGGUUGCAAUGGAUCAUCUUGUGGAGGUAGAGCCGGAUGAUAUGGGGAAUUAUGUUUUGCUUGCCAAUAUCUACGCAGAUUUGGGAAAAUGGGAGGAUGUUUCGAGAUUGAGAAAGAUUAUAAGGAAGGAAAAUAUGAAGAAAACGCCAGGUUGUAGUUUGAUAGAAGUGAACAACAUUGUUCAGGAAUUCGUUGCAGGAGAUAACAGUAAACCUUUUUGGACUGAGAUCUCUCUAGUGUUGCAACUGUUUACUUCACAUCAGGAUCAGGAUGUGAUUAAAAACAACAAUGCUCUUGCAUUUAUCGGUAUGAUUUAAAAGCGUUUGAAUUAUGGAAGAAGUAGCAAACUUA